AAUGGCAUUUGUAUAUUAAGCUUAACGAGAUUUAAACUAAUUAUUGACUUCUGUUCCAACUAAUGUAUAAUUAAUAUACAUAUAAUAGGUUGGUCCUGGUUCUUAUGGAUAUUAAAAGAAAAAAUUAGUCAAGUAAUCAGUUGCUCCAUUCAAUUCAUAAUCAAGUCGACUUAAUCCAUUAAAAAACUCAUCCUUUCCAGGUCCUGGAAGUUAUAGUUUAAAUUUUGCAAAUGCAGGGUAUAAAAUAAGUUAAAUAAUAGGUAGAAAGUGUUACUUUCAUCUAAUUAAUCAGAACUUAAGAUUCUUGAAAUCCAUAAAUAACAGUCCGUUUUUGCAUCCAAAUGUAAGCGCUUUUAAGAAGUAAAUACAAGCGAUACUCCUGGGUAGAGUCUUGUAUUGAUAUCUUAGUCCUGGUUUUUACAAACCAGAAUCUAUUUAACGUCAACAUUAUCAUAAUGGAUCUGCUGAGAAUUUUAUUGAGUCAUUAUUAAAACUGAAUCGAAAUAAGUCUAUUCCAUCAAUUCCAACUAAUGAAUAAGUAUAUGGUUAUGUAGAUGGUGGAAGUAUAUAAAAAUUAAUUCAUUUUUUAGCUCUUUAAUUAAAUAAGAGUCCUUAAGUGGUUAUUUCAGGAUUAAAAAAUGAUUCAGUUGGUCCUGGUCAUUAUGAAUUAAAAAACUCUUUUGAUCUAAAUAAAGAGAAGGGAGUUAAUUGGCAUUCUUCAAAAUAACCAAAACUUGCUCCUGUUAUUUCAAAAGAUUAAAAAAUGAUAGUUGGACCAGGAGCAUAUGAUAUUUAAAAUGAAAGUUAACCUUUAUAUAAAUUGAUGCCAUCAGGAUCUUUUCAAUCUAAUACUUAAAGAUUCAAUAAUUAAGAUAAAGGAUAAAGAAGUAAAGAAAUCCUUAAACUUUAAUUUGAAAAGAAGAAAUCUCAAUUACUUUAAGAUCCUAAAUUUGAAGAUUUGAAAGAAGAAUAAUUUGAAUUAAACUAAGUAUAAUUUAUCAAAACUUUAGAAUGAAAUACCUGGCCCUGGAUAUUAUACUAAAGAUCAAAGUGCAAUAUCAACUCAUACUAAAUCUACUUCUAAAUUAGAAACAUAGUGUUUUGGAUCUAAAUUAAAAAGAUUUGAAAGUGAUUCAAAUUUGAUUACAAUUGGACCAGGAGACUAUAAAAUUGAAACGUCACUAUCAAAAAGUAGUCUUGCAUAAAAGUACCCACCCUUUUUAUCAUCUAAUACUCGUUUUGAAUAAAAACAUAUGAACAGGAAGAUUGGUCCAUAAUCUUAUAAUAUAAAUUAGAGUGUAAGGAAAUUCCAUAUUUAGUUUAGUUAGAACAUGAUUUGAUUAAAAAACUGGAAAGAUCUCCUGUAGGUAAAUUUGGAUAUAAUUAACCUCGAUUUGAAGAUGAUUAAAAUAGAAAUUAGCUUCCUGGUCCAGGAUACUAUGAAUAUUCAAAUUAGUCUCCUUAAUAAGGAGGAGCUUAAACUGUGUUUAAAUCUUAAACAAAAAGAAUAGAUCCGAGUAUUUAAAGCAAAUUAGACAUACCAGCACCUGAUUAAUAUUAUCCAAGAAAUCAUACAAUUGAAUUUAAUGUAAAAAAAAAUGAAGAAGAGGAUCCAGAAUUUGAAAUCUAAAGACCUCCAUUUUAAUCAUCAGCACCUCGAUUUUAAAAUAAAGGGGAUUUAAAAAUUGAUGAAUAGGAUGAAGAACUAUAUGAGAAAAAGCAUAGUCAAAAAAAAAAAGAAGAUCACAAAAUUCCUUAUAAAUAAAAAUAAUCGCCUCCCCCUUUUAAUGUCCAAGUAUUCUUAUGUAUUAGUAAAUAUAGGAAAAAAGAUUUCAAAAUGGAAAAGUUUCUAUUUAAUCCCCUGGCCCAGGAGAAUACAACCAAUAUGUUAAUACAUCAUGGGAAAAACCAUCUUUUAAUGUUCAAUUCUCUUCAAUUAUUUGA